AAGACUAGGGCAGUGCCUCUCUCUCUCUGAACUGACUGAACUUUUUGCGCGCAGAAGAACUUGGCUCGUCUUCUUUUGCCUCCCUUUCACUCGCGCAGCUUCAGGGAGGGGAGGAAACCCCCACUUUAGUCUACCUCAGCAUUAAAGACAGAAAACAGCAUUACAAGGAAAAAUAUUUUAUUAUUAUUAUUAUUGUUAUUCUUAUUUUGUUGUUUCCUUGGCGACCAAGUGAUGAUGAGGGCUCCUUGGAAGCGGGCGAAGCAGGCAGCGUGGGCCCCCUUCCCUCCAGCGGCGGGGCUUCCCCGGCUGCUGCUGCUGGCUCUCGGCUGUUGCUGGACGGCGGCCGUCCAGAGUUACAACUUGGACACGCAGAGCCCUCAGCUCUUCCAGGGGCUCAAUGGGACCCUCUUCGGCUACUCGGUGCUCCUCCACAGCUCUGGCAGCAGCUCCUGGCUUGUUGUGGGAGCCCCUAAAGCCAACUGGUCUACAAACACUUCAGUGGUUAAUCCAGGUGCAAUUUUCAGAUGCCAAAUUGGGAAGAAUCCAGAGAGAAAUUGCGAACCACUCCAAGUGGGCUCCCCAGAAGGGGAGAAAUGUGGAAAAACCUGCUCAGAAGAAAGAGACAAUCAGUGGCUGGGGGUAAGCUUGUCAAGACAGCCAGGAGAAAAUGGGUCUAUUGUUGCCUGUGGACAUCGAUGGAAAAAUGUGUUUUAUAUUUCAGAGCACAAAUUUCCUAAUGGUGUUUGCUAUGUGAUACCAUCCAAUUUUCGGACAUUGUUGAGUCAAAGAAUAUGUCCCUGCUAUAAGGAUUACUGGAGACGAUAUGGAGAAAAAUAUGGGUCAUGCCAAGCUGGAAUAGCAACAUUUUACACAGAGGAUUUAAUUAUUAUGGGAGCUCCAGGAUCAGAUUAUUGGACUGGAUCUAUCUUUGUAUACAAUAAAACAGCAAACAUCUAUCUUUCAUAUGUGGAUGAUAGUCAAGUAAAGUCUGGGAGUUAUCUAGGAUAUGCUGUUGGAGCUGGUAACUUCUUGUCCCUGAAUAGCACAGAAAUAAUUGGAGGUGCACCCCAGCAGGAGCAGACUGGUAAAGCAUACAUUUUUAAAAUUGAGCCAAGACGACUCUCAAUCCUGAUAGAAUUAAAAGGCAAAAAGCUUGGUUCUUAUUUUGGAUCUACAGUCUGCGCAGUGGAUCUUAAUGGAGACGGCCUCUCAGACUUACUUGUUGGUGCACCAAUGCACAGCAAAGUCAGAGAAGAAGGAAGGGUUUAUGUUUACAUUAAUUCAGGCACUGGAGCAAAGAUGACAGAGCUGGAGACAGCACUGGCUGGGAGUGAUUUGUAUGCAGCGAGGUUUGGAGAAUCCAUUGCCAAUUUAGGAGACAUAGAUAAUGAUGGUUUUGAAGAUGUAGCCAUUGGGGCUCCUCAGGAGAAUGAUUUAGAAGGGGCAAUUUACAUAUAUAAUGGCAGGAAAGAUGGGAUAUCACAAGUCUUUUCACAGAGAAUACAAGGGCAUCAAAUCAGCAACACUCUACGCAUGUUUGGGCAAUCAAUUUCUGGAAGAAUUGAUGUGGACAAUAAUGGAUAUUCAGAUGUAGCAAUUGGUGCUUUUCUGUCAGAUUCUGCAGUGUUGCUGAGGACAAGAGCAGUAGUUAUUGUUGAAGCAUCAUUAAAGCACCCUGACUCAGUAAAUCGGACUAAGUUAGAUUGUGUUUUAAAUGGACAGCCAGCUGUAUGUGUGAAUCUGAUGCUUUGUUUUAACUAUAAGGGCCGAACUGUUCCAGGUUAUAUUGUAUUGCUUUAUAAUCUCAUCCUGGAUGGUCACAGGAGGCCAGAUACAGCAGCACGAUUUUACUUUGCCUCUAAUGGAACUUCUGAGAUGACUUCUGGAAGCAUCAAGAUUUACAACAGCAAGAAUGUUACUUGUACAACUCACCAAGCAUUCAUGAGGAGAGAUGUAAGGGAUAUCCUGGCUCCCAUACAUGUCAAAGCCACCUAUCGCCUUGGAGAACAUGUUUUGAAAGGAAAAAGUACAGAUGAACUCCCACCACUCCAACCAGUUCUUCAACAACGCAAAGAGGAUGACAUCAUACAGAGCAAGUUUGUUUUUGCAAGAUUUUGCUCUCAAGAAAAUUGUUCUGCUAACCUACAAGUUUCUGGAAAACUUGCAUUUCCCAAGCCCCAUGAGAAGAAAUCCUACCUUGCAGUCGGAAAUAUGAAAACAUUAAUGUUAAAUGUCACCCUAUACAAUUCUGGUGAUGAUGCCUAUCAAACUGCACUCCAUAUACAGCUCCCUAAAGGGCUUUAUUUCACCAAAAUUCUAGACCAGGAAGAAACACAGAUACAUUGUGAAGUGUCAGAAAAGGAAAGUCAUGGAGUGAGAUUGGACUGCAGUGUAGGAUAUUUAUACGUAGAUCACCUAUCAAAGAUGGAUUUUACUUUUGUGUUGGAUGCAAGCUCUCUUAGCAGGGCAGGAGAUGACCUCAGCAUCAGUAUUAAUACAACUUGCGAAAAUGAACUGAACCAUGAUCUUCUGUUGGAUAACAGCUUAACUUUGGUUUUACCUCAGAAGCAUGAAGUUGAGCUGAAUGCUCAUGGGUCUGUUACACCAACAUCAUUUGUCUAUGGACCCAUUGAUGAAAAUUCACCUGUUACUUGCAUGAAGGAGACAAUCAACUUCACUUUCCAUGUCAGUAAUCCUGGUCUAAGCUUGGCUCCUGCUGUAGACUUGAUGAUACAGAUUCCCAAUUCUUUUGUACCAAGGGAAAACGUGCUGUUUAAUGUCCUGGAUGUCAAGACAACCGAUGGACAGUGUAUUUACAAAAAUUAUACACGAGACUGUACUUUACCAGAAAAAAAUGAAAACAUGCUGCAAGAUUUUAUUACAUUCCUUACCAAGCUUGACAAGAGGCUGCUGUACUGUAUGAAAGAGGAUCCAUUCUGUUUGCAAAUACUUUGCAACUUUGGAGACAUGGAAAGUGGAAAAGAAGUAACUGUUCAAAUUAAUCUAGAAGCAACUCCUUCACUGUUACACAUGGAUGAAGCUUCUACACUUAUAUUUGAAAUAAAGGGGAAAGUUUCAGCAGAUCAAAACCCGAAAGUAAUUGAACUGUAUAAGGGCAAGCAAACAGCAUAUGUCAUUCUAGAAGGACUUCAUAACCAAAAGACAAAAACAAGUGUUUCAUUGCUCUUUAUUGGAAUAGGUUCAAUAAUUGGAAUUAUUUUGCUCUUGCUUCUUGCAUUUCUUUUAUGGAAGGUUGGUUUCUUUAAGAGAAAAUACAAACUUCUUCCUCAAGAACAAAAUGGAAGAGAAAGUUGGAGCUUUGUAAACAGCAACCAAAAUGAUACCACUGAUGACUGAGGAUUUUCCUACUUAAUAAAGACAUUUUAUCAAAGGCACUAACUGCAAGAAUCAACAAACCCAUCAAUGUUCCUCAUAUAGGGCAGAGUGGAAGACUAACUGCAUCUUCAUCAAUUUCGUACCAUGCAGUUGAUAGAAUGUCUGAAGAAUAAUCAUGAAGAUGUGAUUGUUUCUGGUUUGAAGCACAAAGAAAAAGAAUGAGUUUUAACACUAGGGAGGAACUAUUUUUGCUAAAAGAAAGAAUUUGACAAGGAAUAUAGUAUUAAUUAUACUUGAACUUAAGCGUACAUUACCUCAUAGCCAUUGAAAUCAGUUAAAUAUUGCAGAUAACGAUGUAAUGAGCUGAUAUGAGACAUAGGAAUGAAAACAAUAUUUAUUAUUUUUCUAGCCAUACAAGCAACAUGAGCCAAGAUCCUGCCUUGGGAGACAAAUGUAUAUCAUAUAGUGGCACCUCCUGAUUCUAGCCCUUAAAGUCUAACUUGUAAGCAACAUGUUUCCAUAUUGUUGAAGAAUGGCGGAAUGAAAGUGGGGAAAUAUGUGCAAAUAGAUUUCCAAGGGUCCUUGCAAGCUGUCUGCAGGUGAUAGCAAUACAAGUACAUUAAUGGCUGCAGUACAGGCAUUUAACCACUGCACCACAGGGGCUUCCUUAAUUAUGAGCUUACAGCAUGUCAGGUUACAAGAAAACAAAUAGAUACAUCUCUGCUCAUCCCUUCCCUCUUCAACAACAUGCAAAUAAUAGACAUGGUUCUGUACAACUUACUAUUUUAAGUUUUAGGGAAGGGAAUUUGGUUAUUGUAUGGUCCGAACAGAAUUCUAACCUUUGCAACAAUAAAGUGAAGUUAUGGUGGCAUCUAACAAGAUGCCAGCCAUGUUUGAAUAUUUUGAUAUAUGGAAACUUUUCCAUGUACAAGAGAAUUGGCAUUCCCAAAUAUAUAUCUGUAUGACAUCUCAGAUGAAACUGGCAUUCAUAUAAUUACAGUGUCAUCUUUUUCUUCUUGAGAAGCCUGUGAAAGCAGUUUUUCCCCCUUUUCUCUAGAGCCAAUGGGAGUUUUUUAGUGCUGCACAUUCCACUCCCUCCAGAAAACAGUGGUUUGGAUCCUAAUGUUUUCCUUUAUAAUGCAAAAAGUUUCUGUUUACAAAAGAAAAGCCACGCUCACAAAAGAUUCCCUUUCGUGAGCAGAAGUGAAGCUUUAGCCCUGUUCAAAUGUAACACUGCCAAAUUUGAGCACUCCAGAGCACAAUUCCAGGGUUCUAAAUUGCAUAGGGAACCUACCUGGCUAGAAAAGUCUUCCGUCAUAGACAUUUAUCCCCAAUGUAUGUGGAGCAUGAUAAGCACUGGCUGAUGUGAGAGUGUGGCACAAGAACUAUUUUCCUUCUGACUUCCUUUUACAUUAAACGUUGAAACAGAGUGCUCAAAUAGGGCUUUUAGCACCAUGCUCUGGAACUCUUUUUUAUUCAGUGUAUUCCUCCAGCCGGAUGCUCUGUCUCUGUGUUGGAACCUCCCUUUCCCUAGGAACCUCAUAUGUUUACGAAAAGGCAUACAUUCCGCUUAAUGUAUUUAUUUUCAAAGCUCAGUCAAAAGCAAAUGUAUAUAAGAACAAUGUGCUAUUAUUUUUGGAACAAAAGAUUAUGUUUUAACAAUGAUAUAGUUUAAGGUUUUCUAGAGAAGGGUGCAAGGAAAAGGUGAUAUAACUGCACUUUAACCCCCAAAUCAUAUUUGAAGAGGAGUGGUUUGUGUUGCCACAAAUACCUCAAAAGUUUAUAUUAUUAAAGAUUCCAAAAUAUAGUAUAAAAUCAUCUGGAUUUAUAUUUUAGCAAAUAAAACAAUGUUAUAUUAAACAUUUGGAAAAUUCCCAGUGUUUCCCUGAAAAAUGAGGAGCUUGUACACUUGUAUGGACCAUGAAUUCUAUCUGGAAGCAAUUAAAUUUGGAUAUCAAUUAAAAUAUUGUGCCACUUAAAAGAAAUGGUUCCAUGCAAUAGGUUGGUUCCAAACUUAGGGGCAUGAAAAUAGGCUGGAGAAAGGGGAUUUCCUCAUUGCUGUUUUCUCCUUCUAGCUCCCUGGGAAUGCUGCACAGAUGUAAGUUAGAGGGAGAGAUUCCUGAAAGUGUGGUGGAGGAAUCUGUUGUUAGCAGAACCAUUCUGGCAACAGAAGGCAGAUCCUAGAUCAGUAGCAGGUCUUCAGAGUCCAAAAAGAUAAUAAUUACCUUUUUAUUUGGUAUUUGUAAUACUGUUCUGAUGGUGCUAAAAUAUUAUAUUUGUAUUGGUGGUCACAUUGAAAUACAUAUUGCAUAAGUAAUGAUAUCAAGUCUGGCUUUGCCUUGAAGAUUAAAUUAUGUAACUACUAUCAUGGUGCCAAAUAUUUACAAAAGUUUUCAUUUUCUCAUAUAGAGCCACAAUUCAAAGUAUAAGGUUCUGCAUCUGACAGUCACUUUUGCUUUAAACUGCAAACUGAUGCUGGUAUAAACUGUAAAAAUAAAAGUAUUUACAUUCUUUUA